UCCCAUCUGGUGUCGAAAUAUGUGGGCGAUCUUGCCGUAGGAGCUUCAUAUAUCAUGCAUAACUUUAAAGUCUCAAACAACGAUUUCUCCUUUAAGUCUACUACUCAUGGAUACAAGUUGGUAUUUUGUGGUUCAACUUAUGUUAAGAAAACGGAGCUCCCGGAGAUUCCUAUAGAUUAUUUCAACAUUCUUGGUUUGGCGUCCAUUGCUGAUGGAAAAUUCCAGCCUAAUGUAUUGGUUGACGUAGUUGGAGGAGUUACUGAAAUUCUGCAGACUCAGAUAACUCAGAUAACAACAAAAGCAAGUUUGUGUUUAUGAUCACUGACAUGAGCAAAAUUGUCGUGCAGUGUACAUUAUGGGGUAAUUUUGCAUUGCAAUUUUAUGAAUACUACAAGAACCAUGGGGAAGAUGUGAACAUUGUUGUUCUAUUACAAAACGCAAGGAUAAAGGUUGCGCAAGGAGGUUUUCCUUUAAAUGUAUCCAAUGCUUGGAGUGGCACAAAGCUGAUCAUUAAUGAUAUUAGUAAUGUUGAAAUUAAGAAGCUGAAGGAUAGCCUAAAUGCUGAACUGCCAAAGCUUUCUUCAUCAAGUUUGCAAGUUGAAACAACUCAAACCUCACAGUAUUCCGAUUUUGAUAAAUUUAUAUGGAAGGCCGAAGUCAUUAGUUUGGCUGAGAUCGCGAUGCUUAAACAAGAAACAACAUGUGUCACCAUAGCGAAGUUGGAGAAGUUUGAAGUUGGUAAUUCCGGUUGGUAUUACGAUGGUUGUGCCGAAUGUACCAAGAGCGUCGCUGUAAAAGAUGGCAAACUUAAGUGCUAUGCAAAUCACAUAAGUUCUGAACCCGUGCCAAGAUAUUCAUUCAUCGUUGUGUUAUGAAACUGUUUCAAUGGGAGUUAUAAAUUGGGUUCAAUCUAUUUAAAUGGAAUUUAUAUAUAGGUACAAGCUUGAAGUGUUGGGAGUUGAUGGUAAAUUCAAGUCCCGUUUCGUCUUUUGGGAUAGUGACUGUUUCAAGUUAAUUGGAAAAUUUGCUCUACAGAUGAAAAAUGAAUUAGUGGAGGCCGGUGAAGACAAUCCGUUAGAAUUCCCUUUUGGUCUUGAUGCUAUGUUGAAGAAGGAGUUGGCAAUUAGAGCUGUUUUUCAACCGAAAUUUAAUCGUCUUUCGGUUAUUAGCUUUAAAGAUGAUGAAGAUUCACGUAAGAAAGUUAAGGACACCUUCAAGUCUCAUGAGGAUGUAUCGAAAAUUCCAAUUUCAUUGUCUUCCUCACAAGAUGAUAUGAAGAGUUUAUCAGAACCUUUAUCUGUAUCUGCUGAUUUCGACCCCAAUGCUGCGAAUUUUGUGAUGACCCCCUGUAAACGUAUAAAUCCUGAAGCGUCAGAAGAUGUUGAAAGUGUUCAACUUUCCUCUACGAAGACGAUGAAACCUGUAAAAAAGGAAGAUGGUCGAUAGAUGAUGAUUGAGUUAUUUGUAAUAUUUCAUGGAAUUUCAUAGUUUUGAUUUUGUUAUAUUUUAGUUUUAAA